UCUGAACAAACAGAUCAACAUGGAACUGCAGGCUGCAUACGACUACAUGGCUUUCUUCACCUACUUCGAUCGAGAUGAUAUCGCCUUCCCGAAAGCUGCUGAAUUCUUCCGAAAGGCAUCACAUGAAGAACGUGAGCACGCUGAGAAAUUGGCGAAAUAUGUGAACAAGCGUGGUGGUCGUGUUCAGUACAAUGGUCUUAAGGUCGAUCCAGUACGAAGUUCUCAAGUAUUAAGGAUGCAAUGAAAACAGCUCUUGAUACACAGAGGGAAGUAAGUGAGUCACGACUGAAAUUACGCUCAGUGGCAGCGAAGAAUAAUGAUUCAGCACUGACAGAUCUUCUUGAAAGCGAGUUCCUGCAUGAACAAGAAGAUGCAAUCAAACAAUUCGCCGACUGUAUCACACAGACAAAGAGAGUUGGCAGUGGACUUGGUGAAUAUUUGUUCGACAAGCUGACACUAAAUGAAUGA